UCGAACUGGAAGAGAAAAAGGAGGGGAAAAGGGAGUUUAGGGCAAAAAGGAUACUGAGUUUAUAAACCAGGAAAUGUCUAAGCAAUUUGUUUGUGCCAACGUGACUGUUAUCUAAAUAUAGCGUACUUGUGGUAUAAAAGAAAAAGGCAAAAAGGGUAACUGUAAAUAGUUGUUGUACUUAAGUGUAAAUUGUCCCACAACUUGUCCAGGGACCAGUGCAUAUAAGUUGUAGCUGCAAGUGCAAGGAGCAACCUCUGGAUUAGAUAGACGGAUGGACUUGGUUUGGUAUGAUUCCAAGUCGUCGUUGAUGUUUCUUCUUCUUUGUGGCCCAGCCACCCAGGACUAUAGUCCUUAUUUGGUAGGUAUUUAUUGCAAGGCUAACUAUAGGAUUGGAGAUAGACAAAGGGAGAUGGGACAUGGAGAAUGGUUUGCCAAGUUUGUUUAGAAUGGAUCGGGAUCAAUGCCCGUUGGAUCCCUAGUAAUUGAAUAUUAGUUAAAGAUUCAACGUCUAUGAAUCUCGGUCUAUGUUAUGAACUGUUUUUACAAUUUUCGUUCAUUGUGUAUCACGUAAUAUGCAUAAUGUUAGACAAUCCACUUGUUUUAUUUGAGACAACUGUAUUUGAUGCACUUCCUAAUUUCUGUUUUCUGACUUGCUUCAAUCUACAUUCUCUUGAUAUUUUUUUUUCCAUUUUACUCGGUUUUAUGAUAGUGAGAACAUUCAACAUGGCCUCUUCUUCCUCAAGUUGCUUCUUUGUGAUACGUAUAUCUGUUUUUGUACUAAAACAUGUAUCCUACUUGCUUUUAAAGGAAAUGCCUUCGUACACUUUUGGAGAAGCGAGUACUUUUGGUGGAGCUGGAAUGGGAAAGGCUGUUGGUGGUGAAAUGACAGGUCCUCCAAUGGCAUGAUCAUUCUAUGAGGGCCAGUCCUGGAGCUAUGUCUUCUGAUCUAUUAACAUAUGGUCGAAAUAUGAAUCUUAUUAAUCAGCUCCCAGUUGAUGCAAUGCCUAGGCGUGGACGUGAAACAGUUCCUUUACCUCUGGAUGCAUCCAGCACUUUAUAUGUUGAAGGACUUCCUCCUGACAGCACAAUGAGGGAAGUAGCUCAUAUCUUUCGUCAUUUUGUGGGAUACAAAGCAGUGAGGCUUGUGAACGAAGAGUCAGGUUUGUCCAUAAUGCAGCGUGGCGGGGAUCCUCUUAUUCUUUGUUUUGUGGAUUUUGAAAAUCCAACCCAUGCAGCAACUGCUCUGAGUGCCUUGCAAGGUUAUGAAAUGGAUGAACAGGCUCCUGAUUCUAAUUACUUGCGGCUGCAGUUUUAUCAGUUCCCGGAUCCCAGGUCAAGACCUGGCCGUAACAAGGGGUGAUAGGCAUUAGGUGAUGAGAAACAUCCGUGUUGAUGUAAUCAAGAUUGCAUUUGCUCUUAUACAUUAUAUAUAUUGCUCAGGCUUGGGCACACACUAAUUGUAAGCACUUCUGAUGCACAUUGUUGUUCUAGGUAGUGAAAUCAGAAACAGUUUUAUAGUUGUGUUGAACGAUCUGAUUUUGCACGUCCAUGGUCUACAAUUUACUCAAGGAAUGUUUUAAUUCUGAAUUGAGAUUGUACUGUGCAUAGACUACCGCAAAAUUAGUACAGAGAUAGUUUCCCUAUAGAUUGUUUUCAUAUACUAGAGGACUUCCAUGGCCAGGGUAUCUUGCCACCAUAUUGUCCCCGUACAUUUUCCCUCCAUAUUAGU